GUCUUGUACAUACUUCACAGCGGAUGCGUUAUUCGUAAACAGCUGUUACCGUGUGUGUUGAACAGUGAAACGUGGGACAAAUUUUAUUACCUACGUCAGUUAUUCAUUCAUUUAUGUACUCUCGGUCUGUGCGCAGUGAUAAAUAGCUGCCCACACUCGCGUUUGUUUUACAAAAUGUUGUGAUAAAAAACACAAAUGACAGUGAACGUAUAAUUUGACAUUGACAUUCAUUUUAUGACACGACGGCGCGCGAAUUUUGAGCAAGUUUACAAUAAAAUAUUAUAAUAAAAAUGCCGCGUUGUAAAUAAUGUUAUUUUCAUCUCCGCGUAUCGAACGGUGUCAAUGAUGUAGAGUGAAAGUGGACAUAUUAGCAGUUUUUACGAGUAGUUGUCAUUCUUAAAGCAUAUGGACAGUGGACACUCCUCUUGAUGCCCUUGCUUGCAACAUUGGCAAAAUAUCAUUUUAUCCGAAGAAUUUCCGCAUGCUUCCGCAUUAUUAUAUUUCUAUUUCAGAAGUAUUGUAAAGAAUCAAGAUGCCGUCCUUUACUAUGACCGAAGGUGGUUUUGGUGUUGGUGAUUAUGUGGUUUUCGGGACGCUGUGUAGUAUGUCCUGUGCUGGUGGGAUUUGGUACAGUGCGGUGGGAUCAAGGACGAAGGCGGUACGGGAUCUUAAGGAUUACCUACUGGGUGGGAAGUCGAUGUCGACUUUCCCAGUCGCAAUGUCAUUAAUAGCCAGUUACGUAUCAGGUGUUACUAUUCUCGGUACACCAGCGGAGAUAUACAACUAUGGUACCCAGUAUUGGCUCGUGAUUGUUGGAGUGGCUCUCAGCUGCCUCAUAGUGGCUACCAUGUACCUGCCGGUGUUCUGCACUUUGCGACUUUCGUCUUCAUACGAGUAUCUCCAGCUGCGAUUUAAUCGUCAUGUGCGAGCUGUUGCUUCCUUUUUAUUUUUAUUGGAUGAAGUGCUGUUCCUACCAAUGGUUAUCUAUGUUCCAGCUUUAGCAUUUAAUCAAUUGACGGGUUUCAACGUGUUCGCCGUGGCUGGUGGCAUGGUGCUAAUCUGUGGACUAUAUACAGCAUUGGGUGGACUUAGAGCGGUAGUAUGGACGGACUCCUGGCAGACCGGUGUGAUGUUCAUCGGAGUGUUUCUGGUAGCGAUAGCUGGCACCUUGGCGGUGGGAGGCGUGUCUACUGUCUUCGAUACGGCUGCGGAGUCUGGUCGACUGGAAUUGUCUAAUUGGAGUUUUGUCCCCUACGAACGUCAGACUGGAUGGGGUGCGGUCAUAGGUGGUUUCUUGUACUGGACUUGCUUCAACUCCGUCAAUCAAACCAUGGUUCAGCGAUAUAUCUCUUUGCCCAGUAAGAGGAAAGCUAUUACGGCCUUAGGUAUAUUCUGCAUUGGGGCAAUGCUAGCGAUAUCCUUAUGUGUAUGGUGUGGGUUGGCUGCAUGGACUGCGUGGGUACAAGGCGGCUGCGACCCUCGUGGAGCACCACUCGUUGAUGAUAGACUGCUCCCAGCAUUCGUCACUUAUGUGGCCAAUUUGCAGAAGCUUCCAGGGCUUGCUGGAGUCUUUUUGGCUGGGGUUUUUGGAGCUGGUUUGAGCUCCUUAUCAGCUGUGUUGAAUGCAUGUGCAUUGGUGGUUGUGGAGGACAUAAUGCAUGGUUGGAUGCAAGUCCGACUCCGUCCGAUGGUGGAAGGCAUUCUCGCCAGGUCUGUGACGGGAGUUUUGGCUGUCUCCUCUCUACUCAUGCUUCUUGUCGUUCAAAAACUCGGUGGUGUUCUUGGAGUGGCAACAGCGUUAUCAGCUAUAGCCUCUAGUUCGACGUGUGGUAUUUUCACCUUGGGUAUGGGAUGUUGGUGGGUGGGACCUCGUGGUGCCAUCGCUGGUGGGAUUGCUGGAGCUGUUGUUGCUGGUACAGUAUCAAUGGGCACUCAAGUGGCAGCUGCGUCUGGCUUGAGGUCUCCUCCACUUAACUUCACCUCUGAAUGUGUCAAGAAUGCGAGCUUUGUGUUCGAACAUAGUACAAUCGAUCCGGAAUCACUGUUCCCCCUUUUCCGUCUUUCCUACCAUUGGAUUGCCCCUCUAGGUCUCCUCGCGACUAUUUUAGUCGGGGCCAUAGUGGGAUGGUUCUUUGACGAGAGGGAUGAUAGCAAAAUGGAUGCUGAACUAUACUUCCCUCUGAUAUGGAGGUGGCUGCCCACGGAGGCCAUUGAGAGGGCAGGGGAGAUUAGGCGAAUUAUUGCAACUAAGGAGGUGGACACGCCGGCCCCGUCGGCCCCUUUAAUAUUGGGCACGAUUACUGAUAAGGUCCCAAAGGCUGAGACGAGUAGGUGAAGAUGUAAUGUAAGGUGAUACAAAAUCUGCCAAGAGCAGAAUAUUCUGUAAAGUAUUGUUAAUGUUGUUUAAUUUAAUGAUAAAGAUUAAGAAUUUUUAUAUUACGUUACGAGAAUUGCUAUUAAGAUUUUACUAGGCGCAUAAAAUUUAUAAAUUGUCUGAUUGUUAUGAUAAACUCAUACUUUUUAGAUUUUUUUUUAGAUGAUUGAAAUAGUAAAGAAAUAGAUAGAUUGUGAUAUAUAUAUGUGAAUCAGACUGAUUUUUUUAUGAUACAGUCAAAACCGUUUACGACGACAUCGUUUAGAACAACAUACCGGUUAUAUUGACCAAAA